UGAAACAUGUUGACUUGAGCGACAUCUAUUUCAGUUGUCAUAUUUGACAGAUGCACCAUCACUUUGGUUAUAGAAAAUAUUUUGAUUGGUUCAUUAGAGUUGGAAAAAUAUUCAACUAAUCAGAUAUGCAGUCAACAAAACAUCUACAAGAUGCCAAAUACAAGCCUGAUGUUUACUUCCCGAACAUUCUAUCACCAUUCUUUCGGUCACCGCUAACGGAUGUUUUUGGUUCAAUCAUUAAUCAUCAACAAUAUGGCAAGUGUGCACGAUUCGAAAUGAAUAUGAUGGAAUGCAUGGAGGCCUAUGGUUAUGACAAAGGCAAAGUGAAAUGCGCUGAUUUGAUCGAAGAUUUCAACGAGUGCCACAAUAUGACCAAACAAUUUUUACGGCAUAUGGCAAUGGAAGCUGAACGCGAGCGUCAAUACAAGGCUGGCGAAGUCAAGGAAAAGUACGCACCUCCUCCUCAUCCCAAUGCAUAUUAAUUAUACUGAAACUUGGAAAUAUUUAGAACUCCAAAAUAAUAGUUGAAUAAAAUUUGUGAAAAAAGUA